AUGGCGGGGCAGAAGACCGCCAUCCUGUCGGUAUACGACAAGACAGGUCUCUUGGAUCUCGCUAAGGGUCUCCAUGACCAAGGGGUGAGAAUUCUGGCUUCUGGUGGCACAGCAAAGAUGAUUCGAGAGGCCAAUUUCCCAGUCGAAGAUGUCUCUGCGAUUACCAAGGCUCCAGAGAUGCUUGGUGGAAGAGUGAAGACGCUGCACCCAGCCGUCCAUGGAGGAAUCCUUGCAAGAAAUUUGGACUCGGAUAGCAAAGACCUUGCUGAGAACAGCAUCGAUAAGAUUGACUUUGUUGUUUGCAACCUCUAUCCAUUCUCGGAAACUGUUGCUCGGAUCAACGUUACCAUUCCCGAAGCUGUGGAGGAGAUAGAUAUUGGAGGUGUGACUCUGCUUCGAGCUGCGGCAAAGAACCAUUCCCGAGUCACCAUCAUCAGCGACCCAAAGGACUACCACGACUUCCUGACCGAGCUAGAGAAGGAUGGAGAGGUUUCGGAAAAGAGCAGGCAGAGAUAUGCGCUGAAGGCAUUCGAGCAGACGGCCGGGUACGAUAGUGCGAUCUCAGACUUCUUCCGCAAGAAGUAUGCUGGCGAGGGCGAGCAGCAAUUGCCGCUUCGAUACGGCGCCAAUCCCCAUCAGAAACCAGCAACGGUCUUCAUGCAGGACUCACAGCUACCCUUUAAGGUCCUUUGCGGAGCGCCAGGAUACAUCAAUCUUCUAGAUGCUCUCAACGCUUGGCCACUUGUCCAAGAGCUCAGCAACGCGCUUAAUUACCCUGCAGCUGCAAGUUUUAAGCACGUAUCUCCAGCGGGCGCUGCUAUCGGAGUCCCUCUGAGUGACGACGAGAGGAAGGCAUACAUGGUUGAUGAUAUUGAUGGCAUUGAGAGUUCUGGGUUAGCCCAAGCUUACGCCCGUGCCCGUGGAGCUGAUCGAAUGUCAAGCUUCGGAGACAUGAUAGCCCUCUCGCACGAAGUAGAUUUGACUACAGCAAAAAUCAUCAGUCGUGAAGUGUCCGACGGCGUCGUCGCUCCGAAGUAUACCGAUGAGGCAUUAGAAAUCCUCAAGAAAAAGAAAGGAGGAAAGUACCUUGUGCUGCAAAUGGACCCAGACUAUGUGCCACCAAUGGAAGAGACCAGGAGUGUGUUCGGUGUUAACCUUCGCCAACACCGGAAUGAUGCAAAGAUCUCACCAGCUGAUACGUUCAACACCGUCAUCACCCCAAAGAACUCACCUCCGCUCCCGGAAUCUGCCCUUCGAGACUUGGCUAUAGCUACUAUUUCCUUGAAAUAUACCCAAUCGAACAGCGUAUGCUAUGCUCUCAAUGGUCAGCUCAUCGGUCUUGGUGCGGGCCAGCAAUCCCGAAUCCACUGCACCCGUCUCGCCGGUGAUAAAGCUGACAACUGGUGGAUGCGCUUCCAUGAACGGACCCUAAGUCUUAAAUGGAAAAAGGGCACAAAGCGACCCUCCAAGUCUAAUGCAAUUGACCUCCUUUGUAGUGGACUUGUGCCAGAAUCCGGUAUCGAACGCGACGAUUUCGAGUCUAACUUCGAGGAGGGCCAGGUUCCCCAGGUUUUCAGCACCGAGGAGCGGAAGGCGUGGCUGGAAAAGCUGAAGGACGUAGCUGUUAGCUCUGAUGCCUUCUUCCCCUUCAUCGACAAUAUCUUCCGGACGGCACGUAGCGGGGCGAAAUAUAUCGCAGCGCCGACAGGGAGCCAGAAUGAUGGAGCUGUGUUCGACACUGCGGAGAAGUUAGGUAUCACUUUCGUCGAGCAGCACAUUCGACUGUUCCACCACUGA